CAAUAUUGCAAUGGCUUAUCCACCAAGGCAGCACUCUUCAUCUUCUCAUUCCCGCUCUUCCGGUUCUAAUAUUGCAUGCUUGUUUUUCCUCUGCCUUACAGCAUUUUUUGUCUUUAAGAUCGAUAUUGUGAUUGUUCAGAAACUAUCAAGAGCUUGGCACGCCACAGAACACAUAGCGAUAAACCAGAUAGAAGUUGAUGGACCCAAAUCACCCGAAUCGCCAUUCAAAUUAGGGAAUGGAAGUUUUCACCGUGAGUUUGUGCUGUCAUGGGGAGAUCACCAUUGCAAGAUACUUGAAGAUGGGGAGCUACUUACCCUGGAGCUUGAUAGAACUUCUGGAGCUGGGUUUGAGUCCAAGAAGGAAUUUAUCUUCUGCAAGAUUGACAUGAGAAUCAAGCUCGUCCCCGGAGAUUCCGCCGGCACUGUCACCACCUAUUAUUUGUCAUCAGAAGGCGAUCACCAUGAUGAGAUCGAUUUUGAAUUCUUGGGGAACUCGAGUGGAAAUCCCUACACUCUUCACACAAAUGUAUUUAGUCAAGGAAGAGGCGAUAGAGAGGUGCAGUUCUUCUUGUGGUUUGACCCUACUGCAGAUUUUCACACCUAUACUAUCCUUUGGAAUCCCAAAUCCAUCAUCUUCUAUGUUGAUGGAACACCAAUAAGAGAGUUCAAAAACGCAGAGAAUAUUGGGGUGCCGUUCCCCAAGGACCAACCGAUGAGGCUAUACAGUAGCAUAUGGAACGCCGACAGCUGGGCUACGCAGGGCGGGCGAGUGAAGAGCAAUUGGACUCUCGCUCCCUUCAUAGCCGCCUACAGAAACUUCACAUCCCAAGGCUGCGUUUGGUCCCGCCCGCGUAGAUCCUCGUCCUGCAAUUUCGACGACGCCGCGCUAUCCGCCGAGAAUUCCUGGUUCACCACGGAGCUCAACCGCUGGACUCGAGCCAGGAUGAGGACUAUUCAGAGAAGGCAUAUGGUUUAUAAUUACUGCACCGAUAAAUGGAGGUUUCGCCGCCGCGGCCCUGGCCGAGAAUGUAGGUUUCGCUAGCCUCUAUCCU